AUGGGUCGAAAGCCUCAUGUGUAUACAAAGUAUUUUAAAAUAUUACCAAAGCUUGCAAAUGUAAGCAAUAAAGUAUGCAUUUGUUUAGUUUGCUAUAAUACAAAUCCUGACAGACCUCAUAAAGAGUUAACGAAUACUCCAAAACUUUGUAAAAAUCAUCUUAAAAAAUGCCCAUACUUUUUAAGUCAAUAUUCAAAGGAAGAAUUAACGGUUAUAUUUUCAGAUGCUAAUGACGACAAUGAUGACCAUUCAGAAAUAGAAAUUUCUGAACCAACUACAAAACGUGCCCGUAUAGAAAAAAAAUCACAAAUAAAAGUAACACAAUUUCAAAAUAUCAAUAUUAUUGUAUCAACUCAAAGUGAUUCUAAAGAAGAAAUUGAUAAUGAUAAUAUAUCUAAUUCAGAAACAGAUCCUAUUGAGUUAGUAAAUCAUUGGAAUAUAAUUGUUGGAGAUUGGCUUAAUCUUUUAGAUAAUAAAGAAUUUAAAAGUGAAGAAGAAAUUGGAAUUAUUAACCAUCCAGCAACUAAUCAAGAA